AUGGCAUCAUAUGAGGUUGCAUAUCUUAUUGCCCAGAGAAAAAAGUCACACACAAUAGGGGAAGAGCUUAUCAAACCUGCUGCACUGGCAAUGUGUAGAGCUAUUCAUGGAGAAAAGAUGGCUCGCGAACUUGAAUCCAUACCCCUGUCAAACAAUACUGUUGGUAGGCGAAUUCAUGAGAUUGCAAGUGACAUACUGAUUCAGUUGAUGGAGAGAGUUAAGAAUAUAAAUUAUUCUUUACAAUUAGAUGAAUCAACCGAAAUUUCUAGUUCUUCUCAAUUAAUUGCAUUUAUAAGAUAUAGCUUCAAUGGAAAAUUGAAUGAAGAUAUGUUGUUUUGCCUUGCGCUAGAAAAAAAGUGUACAGGAGAUGAUAUUUUCAUGGCAUUAGAUAAAAAACUUCAUGAGCUUGGACUUUCUUGGGAUCGGUGUGUAGGUAUAUGCACUGAUGGAGCCGGGGAAAUGUUAAGUACAAAGAAAGGACUAAAAGCAAAGGUACAUAAUGUGGCUCCUCAUAUACGUUUUACUCACUGUAUUAUUCAUCGAGAAGCUCUCGCUUGCAAAGCCAUUGUUCCCGAACUUAAAACUUUUUGA